AACUGCACAGUAUGAAAGUGUGACGGAUGAAUAGUGUGACGAAAAGUGCAACCCUAGAGAAUUGCUGGAAUUUUGACAUCUAUAAAUGUCACUUUCAGAAACCUGUUGUUUACUCGUUUUGCUUGAUUGUAAAUUUCGGUCGGUCGUGAUCUCAGUUUUUCUUUCUUUCCGAUCUGUUGAUCCUGUUUUGAUUCCGGAGCUGAAAUGGCCAACGCAAUCCUGCAGAACGUUCAGCAUAAGCAUGCAAGCACGAAUACAAAAUACCACUGUCUCUAUGACUACUAUUUUCUCGGGAUGAAAAGGGCUCAACUUGCACAGAUCUACCGGAAGAGCAAAUCAACCAUCAGCAGCUGGAUAGAGUCGUACGAAGAAAACGGUCUGCUGUCGCAUAAGCAGCGGGAGCAAGUUUUCCGUAAAUUUAGUGCAAUGCAUAGGCAAUGGAUUGUGGCCUUGUAUCGUCAGAAUCCUGUGCUAUAUCUGGAAGAAUGCCAGGAUCUUUUCUAUCAACACUUCCAGAUUAAAAUCAGUGGUUCCAGUAUCUGCCGAAUUUUGCACACCGAAGGAAUGACGUGGAAGGCUUUGGAACGGAGGGCUAUUCAAAUCAAAGAGCAUGAAAUUCUUCGUUUCUGCUCCGAAAUGAAUGCAUUUGAUUGGGACAUCUAUCAUCUAGUAUUUCUGGAUGAAGUUUCACUAGACAACAAGGGGAUAUUGAGGAGUCGAGGCUACGGCGCCAAAGGAAAACGAAUUGUGUAUCGUGGGGAAUUUGUGCGUCGCCCAAGAGCGUCAUUCCUAUGUUUCCUUGGCUUGCAUGGCAUUCUGGAUACAUUUGAAACAGAAGGAACUUUCACCAGGAAAAUAUUUUUUGAUUGCUGCCGUGAUUUUGCUCUGAAAAACAAAAAUGUGCAUCGAUAUCCCGGGUACAACUCUGUGUGGAUAAUGGAUGGGGCCCGCAUUCAUUGCGACCCCAACAUCAUACUUUAUUUACGAUCAAUUGGCAUCCUGCCGGUAUUUUUACCUCCUUAUUGCCCUUUCUACAACCCAAUUGAAUUGGCAUUUGGAAUGACGAAAUCGCGAAUAAGGAAGGCUUAUGUAGAAAACAAAAACGAAAAAUUAUCUAAAUUGGCUCUUGAAACAUUCAUGGCUUUAGAGAACUAUGACUGUAGUAAGAUUUUCAAACAUUGCGGAUAUUUACCGGGAGGAGUUUUUGACCCAUCAGUUGAGUCAUCACAAAAUGAGGACAAUUCAUGGAUCUGAAUGUAUAAGAAUUGUAACAAAAACCCCAAACGACUUACUUUUGGUUUAUUCGAAUAAAUUCAUCAAAUCAAAUACA